AUGGAAGACCGUCGAGCAGGGGAAACAGAGCCGCAAAAAUGGGCGAUGACGAGAGACGGGUUGGUGUCGGAAUUGAAGAAGGAAAGCUCCAUCGCAGCUCCAAUGGUGGCCGUCUCUGUCCUUCAGUACCUUCUUCAGGUCGUCUCGCUUGUAAUCGUAGGCCAUCUCGGCACCCUCCCGCUCUCCAGCGUCGCCAUUGCCACUUCUCUCACCAACGUCACCGGCUUCAGCCUCCUCUCAGGAAUGGUGGGGGGAUUGGAAACGCUAUGCGGGCAAGCCUACGGAGCAAAGGAAUACAAGAAGCUGGGAACGUACACAUACAGCGCCAUCAUCACCCUGCUGAUCCUCUGCCCGCCGAUCUGCCUCCUCUGGUUUUUCAUGGACCGGUUCCUCGUCUUCGCGGGCCAGGACGAGGCGAUAGCCCACCAGGCCCGCGAUUUCUCGAUGUGGCUGAUACCGGGCCUGUUCGGCGCGGCGAUACUGAAGCCCACGACCCGAUUCCUCCAGACGCAGAGCGUGAUCUUCCCCAUGCUGCUGAGCUCCUCGUUGGUGCUCUGCUUCCACGUCGUUGCUUGCUGGACGCUGGUUUACAAGCUGGGGAUUGGGUACGUCGGAGCCGCCAUGGCGAUCAGCUUCUCCACUUGGCUUAACGUGUUGCUGCUGGCUUGUUACGUUAGGUUGUCUCCAGUGUGCGAGAGGACGCGUGGGGAUUUGACUGGAGAGGCGUUUCGUGGGGUGAAGCAGUUUUUCCGCCUUGGCAUCUCCUCUGCCCUCAUGGUUUGUCUGAAAUGGUGGUCAAUGGAAUUGCUGAUUCUGCUUUCUGGGUUACUGUCCAAUCCCAAGUUGGAGACAUCGGUUCUUUCUAUAUGUUUGUCAAUCUCCACGCUACACUUCACUGUGCCCUAUGGACUGGGAGCUGCCGUAAGCACGCGGGUGUCGAAUGAGUUGGGAGGUGGGAGGCCGCAAUUGGCUAGGACGGCAGUUGUCGUGGCAACGUUUCUCGCAUUCACAGAGAGCGUCAUAGUGAUCGCUGUCCUCUUCUUCUGUCGACGAUUUGUUGGGUAUGCAUUCAGCAGGGACGCCCACAUUGUUCACUAUGUCGCCACCAUGAUCCCUCUCCUAUGUCUCUCGAUUCUCACCGACAGUUUUCAGGCCAUCCUUUCUGGGGUCGCAAGAGGGUGUGGAUGGCAGCACGUCGGGGCUUACAUAAAUCUUGGAUCCUUUUAUUUGGUUGGGCUUCCAUUAGGGUGCGUUUUGGGCUUUGUGGCACAUUUGAAAGGGAAAGGCCUUUGGGUUGGAAUUGUAGCUGGCUCCCUUGUACAGGCCGCAUCUCUCUCUAUAUUCACGGCUUGCUUGGACUGGGAAAAACAGGUUAGUUCGUGGGAAAGUAACAUGAGCAAUUUUACAUUAGUGUUAUUGGCUUUUAUUUUUAUGGUACAAUUUGAAGUUCUAUCUUUAAUAGUUAUGUUAUAA